UGUCACCGCCCGCUCUGGUCAUGUCUCCAGCCAGUGGCUUGUAAAUUGGCGACCCGACUUCCCGUCGCGGCCCUGGUCCUGAUGGCGGCGGCGGCGGCCCUGGCAGCGGCCGAUCCCCCUCCCGCGAUGCCGCAAGCGGCGGGAGCCGGAGGACCCACCGCCCGCCGGGACUUCUACUGGCUGCGCUCCUUUCUGGCCGGAGGUAUUGCUGGAUGCUGUGCCAAAACAACAGUUGCUCCUUUGGAUCGAGUAAAGGUUUUGUUACAAGCUCACAAUCACCAUUACAAACAUUUAGGAGUAUUUUCUGCAUUGCGUGCUGUUCCCCAAAAGGAAGGAUACCUUGGAUUGUAUAAAGGGAAUGGUGCAAUGAUGAUUCGAAUCUUUCCCUAUGGUGCAAUCCAGUUUAUGGCAUUUGAGCAUUAUAAAACGGUAAUUACUACAAAACUGGGAGUUUCUGGUCAUGUGCACAGAUUAAUGGCUGGAUCCAUGGCAGGAAGGUGGUUUCCUUGGAUUUUACAGAGGCCUGAUGCCCACUAUAUUAGGAAUGGCUCCAUAUGCAGCUACCCGUUUGAUGUAACUCGUCGGCGAAUGCAAUUAGGAACUGUUCUUCCAGAAUUUGAAAAGUGCCUUACCAUGUGGGAGACUAUGAAGUACGUCUAUGGACACCAUGGAAUUCGAAGAGGAUUAUAUCGUGGCUUAUCUCUUAAUUACAUUCGCUGUAUUCCCUCUCAAGCAGUGGCUUUUACAACAUACGAACUUAUGAAGCAGUUUUUUCACCUCAACUGAAGAAAAUCGUGAUUUCUUUUCCUGAGUAAACUCUCACAGGGAGACAUAAAUGUUCUUUUAAUUUUGAGGGGAACAUUACUUGAAGGGGGCUAUUUCCCUAGUCACAGGAACCACUGGUAUUUUAGUACUUGAUUUUUUUAUUCAUAACAAAUCAAAAGUGCUUACCGUGCUUUUUGAUGCCAAAAGUUAUAACUGAGAACAUUGAAAAAAAUUCCUAAGCUGAUGCUGGCUAAUCAGUUAGGUUAUUUGAAACUGUUUUAAAAUGUUUUUUGGGAGUAGCACUAACUUAAAAUGGGAUUCAAGAGGUUGCCAUUAGGCUUUAUCAUGCUUUAAUUCCAAGCUUUAAGUAUAAUCAUGAUUUUCAAAGACUCUAACAUUGGUUAUUAUUAUUGUAAUAAACAGGCUUGGUUAUAUUGCAGCAGAAUGAUGAGAACUGAAUUUUUAUGUUUAUAAAAUGUAGCUUAGGGGGCACCUGGCUGGCUCAGCCAGAAGAGCUGAGAUUAAGACUCUUAAUCUCGGAGUCAUAAAUUCCAACCCCAUGUUAGGUGUAGAGAUUACUGGGGCGGCAGGGGGGGGUGGGAGGGAAGUAGUUUAGAAGCCAGCAUUGAACAGUAUUCUUAGUAUCUCUCUUCUCAUAAUUCUGCUCCACUGCAUAAAAGGACUGACACUUUUUCUCUUUGUUUUUAAAUAAAAUAAAUGCUGUAUUUAAAAAUUAGCCUUGUAGAAGCUCAACAAUAAAUGAAGAAUUUUCAGGUGUUGCUCAAAUGUUAUUACUAGGUACUAUGACUGACUUAAAUUUGUUUUUAAAAGUCAAUAUAUUUCCCAAAGGCAGUAAUAAUAAAUACUGAAUAUCUUUGCUCUCAAAACAGAUUAGCAUUAUAGAUUUGUUUUUGUUAGAUGAUUUGGUAUAUACUAGAAAACUUAUUUAAGUGAACUGUGAAAUAUCUAUUAAUAUAGAUGUGAAUGUCAAAGAAGUUUCUAAGGUAUUUUGUCAUGAUACAUCAACUAGUUCUUCCAUGUAAAAUAAUUUUAGUGCAAUAUAAACUUAAGUAGAAACAUAAAACUGAUUUGAUUUGCUAUCCUUUAUAUUAAAAUGGCUUAAAAUAUAAGAAUUUCAUUUAUUGUGUUUAGAGUACUUUCUAUCUUUUACUGUAAGCAUGACAGAAGUGGAAAGGGAACAAAUACAAUUCUGUCCUCAGACAUAGCAAUUUGUAGAAUUGAUGUGAUUUUUUUUGAUCAAUGCAAACUAUUUUAACUGCUCUAACUUUAUAAUUUUUUUUAUUGAGGUAAAAUUGACAUAUAACAAUAUACUAGUUUCAGGUGCACAAUGUAAUGAUUCAAUAUUUGUAUUUACUGCAAAACAAUCACCACAAUAGUCUAGUUACCAUCUAAUUGAUGUGAUUUUUAGGACAUUAGAAAACUAAGUCGAAAAGUGUUACUUCUGCUUCAAUUUUAAUUUUGUUUGCAUAAAAGAUUUCUUGUCAUACUUUGGUAAAAAUUAGAUGAACUGGUUUCAUUUUCAAAGUCUUUAUUUUAAAGUAAAUAUGUGUCUUUGUAUGAUUUGUAAGUGUACCCCACAGGUAGAAAUACGUGUGUUCUUGAAAGUAUUUUGUAUAUUUUCAUUUCUGGGCUAUACUGUAGCUAAAUAUUGUUAUCAAGUCACAAGAUAAUUUAAAUGUAUGAAAUAAAUAUCUCAGUUAUGUUAUCAAUAAAAGAGGACUGCAAAUAUUUUUUUAAAUAAAAAUUUGCAUUCUGUGUUACAGAA